CUUUCUAUCAGUCAAUCAAAUCUCGAUCUGGUUAGGGUUUAAGCAGCGAUGACUCUCUGAGAUUAUUCAUUUAGGGAAAUCAUCAUCGACGACUUUGUCAACGCUUCUUCAAUCUACUCCAGAUGGCAUCGGCGACGACGGAGCAGAGGGGAUUAGAGAAUGAGGAAAGCCAAGCACCAAACCAAGUGGCUCCUGGUUUUGUAGGAGCAAUUGAAGAACAAUACAAGAAACUCAGAGACCACGCCGAAGCUUAUCCAUAUGUUUGGGGUUCUUAUACUGUUGUCUACGGCGGUCUUUUCCUUUGGACUGCUUAUAGAUGGAGGAAGCUGAGGAGAACCGAGGAUCGAGUUCGUGGUCUUCAGACCAAACUUAGGAAACUAGUCCAAGACGAACAAGCCGCUGUUACAGCUUCUAAAUCUGCUCAAUCACUGGACAAGUCUUCUUCUGUUUCUGACAAGACAUCAUCACUGCCUUGAUUAGUUAUAAUCAAAAACCAUUUGUCUCUGUUAGACUUAAUGACGACGAGGUUGGUUUCAAAUAUUCAUGGGGUUUCGUUACAAUGCUUUUGUUGUUUACUCGCAUAGGCUUUUUAUUUAAAGUCAAAUUCAUCAUGUACAUGAAUCAAGAAGAGAAAACGCUGAAAUGUUGAAACGCAAAAAAAGGCGAUGUUAGAACGUUACUGUUUUAGCUGACGGAUGCUCAAUAAGUUGAAGCGUUUUGCCUCAAAUUGUUUUGGUUUGCAUUUUAUGUGUUCCAACUGAAUCAACA